GGAGGCGCGUUUUGAGCGUGUCGAGUGGGUAUAGGGAGAGGUCGACGGUGGUGCCAGCGAGACCGCCGGACUGGUGGAGAGGUGUGUCAGUUUUGGGAGCGAAUGAGUGGAAGGGAGAAUUUGGGGAGAGCACGACUUACGAGGAGAGAGAGUACAUAUGGGGAGUGGAGGAUUGGGGUAUUUGGCGUGGAGAGGGAGGGUGGAGAGGUCAUUGUGUUGAGCGAAGAAAGUGGUGAUGUUAAUGACUAGUGGUUUGUAGUUUUGGAGGGAGGUGGUCAUAGCUCCUGAUAGCUGUGGGUCAGUUCAGCCCUACGAGAAAGUUUUAGUGGGGCUAGCGAGAUUGUGUGGGAGAGCUUCGUUUGUUUUGUUUCGCUUACAACAUCUCUCUGUUUGCAACGAAGAUGUGAAAUUUCGACACAAUCGAGUAUGGCAGAUAGCAUUGCGCAGGUUGGCUUGGAAACACCCAUGGACGAAGCUUCGACUGCUUUCAAUCCGAUAUGUAUUGCAUCGUCAGUCGCCUCCAAUGGAGAUACGAACGAUGGAGGCAUUGGCCGCGCUCAAUGGUCUACGGAUGGGACUUGUGUUUUGACCAGCUCUGACGGUCGCAGAAAUCGUCUGUCAACAUUCGUCUUACCACCAAACCUCCUCGAAUCUCCCAGUCACAUCAAUCUAUCACCAUACUUCACGUACCAGCUACCGGUACAAAUCCACGCCUUCACACCCUAUUCUCUCUUCAGCCUCUUCGACACCUCCACAUGCCUUGUCCUUUCCUCCCCACUCGACCUACCCUUGCGCCUCACUAACGCCCUCUUCAAUGCCCCCCCGAUUGCAACAUACAAGAUCAUCUCUCCGGCUAACGAGGCCUAUCGCUCCCCGCACGCUCUCCUCUUCUCUCCUUCCUCUCCAUCCCUCUUCAUCUCUGGCUGCACCUCUCUCAUCACAGUUCAUGAUCUCGCCGUCCCAGGCAGCCUGCCCCUUGAAUCGCACCGUACAGCGCCCGCUAAAAGUCGCGCCGCAAUCUCCGGCCGCCGCGGCAUGCGCGGCAUUAUCUCCAGCCUCGCCAUAUGCCCGUCGACGUCCACCCUGGCCGCUGGCACCCUGCUCAACAACAUCGGACUGUACGCAUCCGAGGGCCGCGGCGAGGUCAUCACGACAUUCAAUAUCAACCCCUCCUUCUCCUCUUCUUCUUUUGCUUCCUCCUCCUCAACCACUUCACCUCACCCUGGUGGCGGCAUAACGCAAGUCUCAUGGAGCCCUUGCGGAAACUACUUCCUAGCCGGCUGCCGUCGCAGCGACAUCGCCCUCAUCUACGAUAUUCGCAACGGAAAGCGCCUGAGUUGGCUCAGCGGACGUGCUGCGCAGACGAAUCAGAAACUAGGCUUUGACGUUGUGGCUGUGGGUGCUGGGUGGGAGGUCUGGGCGGGUGGCACGGAUGGGCGGGUACGGGUGUGGAAGGAUCCGCAUGUAACUGAGGGUGAGAUAUUGCCGAUAGCAGCGUGGAAGGCACAUGAUGAUCCCGUGACGUCGGUGUUGGUGCAUACGUGUGGGAAUGUGGUGGCGACAGCGUCGGCGCCGGACUACAAUGCGCCGUACUGCGCGCACGAUACAUCGAGCUCAAGUUCAGACUCGGACUCAAGCUCAGGCUCCGACUCAGAGUCGAGUUCCGAAGACGAUUCAGAAGCCAACGACACCGACAGGUAUACCGACAUGAACACUGACAUGGAAACCAGCAUGGACACCAACAUGAACACCAGCAUGGACACCGAGAGUGAAAGUGAAAGCGAGAGUGAACGAUCGCACGCAUCGUCGGCACGCCUUCCCGACAGCGCAUUGAAAAUUUGGAGACUCUGAUCUGAUCUGAAUGCAUAUUUUCAGGAUCAUGACGUGAGGUGAAGGAUACAUGUCGUACGUAUCCAAACAAUCGAGACUUUCGAGUCUAGAGGACGAGUUUACAUGUCCAGGCAUGUUGAUUUUCACGGCGUCGUGUUCUGGUUUCAUUGUGAUUAUUGAAUCUUCCUGACAGAACCCGUAGCUGAAGUCACUGCCGGGUAGGAUGCAAUAAGAUAACGCAGACGUAACAUGUCUAAGCGCAGUAUAGUAUGACGUGUUCAUCGACUGAAUUACAUUCACUAGCUCUCUCCUGCCCUCAAAGUCUUAGCCGGGAGUCCCUUGAAGUCACUCCAGAGCUACAAUCUCAUUCAAAAGUCCUGCCCUAUGCAAUUCGACUGUUUCCACUGAUAAUAGCAAGUCUUACCCUGACAACCCAAGUCAUACCCGGAC